AUGAAAACACGUAAAGCUGCUCGAGCUUCUAAUACUCGACACGCGAAUUCAGAAUCAUUGGAGAUCGAUAAUGAUAAACCAUCGGAAAGUAUUCAAGCUUCUCCUAUUGCGGUUUAUUCGAUAAAUUAUCCGAUCGAAAAAGGUAAUUGUGAAAUCUGUAAUGAUUCAUUACCAUGCAAUAAUCUUAGGAUUCGUGAGCAUAUACUUGAAGUUCAUAGUAUCCUUAAUAUAAAAUAUAAAUGUAAAGGUUGUGGUAGAGAAUAUGAUACUAUUAGUAGUAUAAAAUCACACUAUCCGGCAUGCAAGAAAAAAACAACAUAA